AUGCUGAAGCUAGACAUCCCAAGAGUCCCAUACCCUCAGCAGUUGAGGAAGAAGGGGGAUGACAACCAAUUCUUGAGAUUUUUGGAAAUCUUCAAGAAACUACAAAUCAACAUACCUUUUGCUGAAGCAAUAGAACAAAUGCCACUCUACGCCAAGUUUUUAAAGGAGCUAAUGACUAAGAAGAGAAGCUGGAAGAACAACGAGACUGUGAUACUAACCGAAGAAUGUAGUGCUAUCAUUCAGCAUAAGCUGCCCCAGAAAUUGAAAGAUCCUGGGAGAUUCCAGAUCCCUUGUAUUAUAGGGAAAAUCACAGUAGAGAAGGCUUUAUGUGACUUAGGAGCUAGCAUCAACUUGAUGUCAGUAGCUAUGAUGAGGAAGAUGAAGAUUGAGGAGGCUAAACUAACAAAAAUGGCCUUACAACUGGCAGACCGAUCGUUCAAGUUCCCUCAUGGCGUAGUAGAAGAUUUACUGGUGAAAGUGGGAUAUUUCAUAUUCCUGGCAGACUUUGUAGUGCUGGAUAUGCAAGAGGAAGCCAAGGCCUCCAUCAUCUUGGGAAGGCCGUUCUUAGCCACUGCUGGAGAUGUCAUUGAUGUCCAAAAGGGUGAUCUCACCCUGAGAUUACACAAUGAAAAGAUGACAAUCAAUGUGUUCAAGGCCAUGAGUUACCCACCAGAACAAUUGGGGGAAUGUAUGAGGUUGGACUCACUUAAAGAGGAAGUGCAAGAGAGUUUUGAAGAGGAAGAACCUGAAGAGUUAACAGAGGAGGAGUCAACAUCUAGUGAAGAGGUUGCAACAACAGAGAUUCGCAUACAAGGUGCACAAAAGGAAGAGAAUGAAAAGAUAGAGGCACCCAAACUUGAACUCAAAGCACUGCCACCCACUCUCAAAUAUGCAUACUUAGGAAAGAAUGAAAGUUACCCAGUAAUCAUAAACUCAUCCCUCAGCCAAGAUCAAGAGGAUGAACUACUCCAAGUAUUGCAAAAGCAUAAGGAUGCCAUUGGAUGGACCCUCGCUGACCUGAAGGGAAUCAGUUCAGGCAUAUGCAUGCACAAGAUACUGUUGGAAGAUGAUGCCAAACCAUCCAUUCAAUCCCAAAGGAGGCUUAACCCAAUCAUGAAGGAAGUGGUACAGAAAGAAGUUAUGAAAUUAUGGAAGGGAGGAAUAAUCUACCCGAUCUCAGACAGCCCCUGGGUCAGCCCCGUGCAUGUCGUGCCCAAAAAAGGAAGAAUCACUGUAGUCCCCAAUGAGAAGAACGAACUAAUUCCUACCAGGACCGUCACAGGAUGGAGGAUGUGCAUAGACUACCGAAAACUCAAUGAGGCUACACGAAAGGAUCAUUUCCCCCUCCCAUUUAUGGAUCAGAUGUUGGAAAGACUCGCAGGACACGCUAGCAUUCGAGAAUUUAAAAAAAAAAGAUUGUCCUCUGCUCCUAUCAUUUCUCCACCUGAUUGGAACUUACCCUUUGAAUUGAUGUGUGAUGCAUCUGAUUUUGUAGUUGGAGCAGUGUUAGGGAAAAGGAAAGAUAACUUAGUCCAUGUGAUAUACUAUGCUAGCAAAGUCUUCAAUGAUGCUCAAAGAAACUAUACCACUACUGAAAACGAGUUGCUAGCAAUAGUUUUUGCAUGUGACAAGUUCAGAUCAUACCUCAUUGGUGCAAAAGAAUUCAAUAUUGAAAUCAGAGAUAAGAAAGGAGUGGAGAACAAGGUAGCAGAUCACCUAUCCAGAAUCCGUCAUGAGGAAGGUGGAACACAUGAUACAAGUGUGAACAAGCUCUUCCCUGAUGAGCAAUUGAUGACAAUUCACAAAGCACCAUGGUUUGCAGACAUUGCCAACUUCAAGGCAACCGGGGCCCUACCGCCAGGGAUCAAUAAACAUCAAAAAAGAAAGCUCAUAAAUGAUGCAAAAUAUUUUGUCUGGGAUGAGCCAUAUCUCUUCAAGAAGUGUUCAGAUGGAAUCCUUAGAAGAUGUGUCUCGGAAGAAGAAGGACGAGAGGUUCUAUGGAAUUGCCACAGCUCAUGCUAUGGAGGCCAUUUUGGAGGGGACAGAACUGCAGCAAAGGUGUUACAAAGUGGAUUCUUUUGGCCCACCAUUUUCAUGGAUGCCAAAGAACUAGUAAAGAGCUGCAAUGAAUGCUAA